AUUGGCUAAAAUGUUUGCGUUCCAAAGACUCUGUUAAUGUUGUUGAAAGUUACUGAAAAGCUCUUUUUAACAGUUUUCAUGUAACUGUAUAGCAUACAAUGCACGAUAAUCAUCGUUAUACACCUGACAUUCCUGUCCAACCGGUGACCACAGUGACUGGAGAGAAUAUAAAAGGUGCAGGAUGAGACAAAGAGCACAGCGUUACCAUGAGUGCAUGUAUGCUGAAGUCUGGGUGCGUGGUCUUGGCACUGCUUAUAUUUGUAAAAGUUUCUCUAGGCCAGAUAAGCACAUGUGGUCAGGCACCUUUAAACUACCGUAUUGUGGGUGGACAGAGCGCCUCGGCAGGGGCGUGGCCAUGGCAGGUUAGUUUGCAUCACCCUGUUAAGAGCGGACAUUUCUGUGGAGGAUCCCUCGUUAAUAAGGAAUGGGUUAUGACCGCAGCACACUGUUUCCUAAGCACUGACACUUCUGGCUUGGUUGUGUAUUUGGGGAAGCAAGCUCAGGAAGGAGUAAAUUAUAAUCAACUCACCAGAGAUGUCACCAAGAUUAUCAAACACCCGCAGUACAACAACAUCACCAAUAAUAACGACAUCGCCCUGAUUCUUCUGAGCUCCUCUGUGACCUUCACAAACUACAUCAGACCUGUGUGUCUUGCUGGCAAAGGCAGCAGUUUUCCCUCUGGUACCCAGUGCUGGAUCACAGGCUGGGGUGAUAUCGCCUUAGGAGUGUGGCUGCCUUCUCCUGGUGUGUUGCAGGAAGCACAGGUUACUGUCAUCGGCAGAACUCAGUGUGACACACUACUGGGACCAGGAAUCAUUACCAACAAGAUGAUCUGUGCUGGAUUAUUACAAGGAGGCAAGGACACCUGCCAGGGGGACUCUGGUGGUCCAAUGGUGAUUAAGCAGGGAAGAGUCUGGAUUCAGGCUGGUAUCACUAGCUGGGGUAUGGGAUGCGCUGAUAGAAAUUCACCUGGUGUGUACACACUAGUGUCCCAGUACCAAGCCUGGAUAUCCAGCAUCAUCAAAAAAGACCUACCUGGUUUUGUCAAGUUUCCCUCUGUGGGUUAAUCUAAGGUGCUAAUAAAUAGAGGUUUAAAGGAAGAAUGAAGAUGUUACAUACCUCCAUUUAUCUACCGAUUGUUUUUUCUUUCUGUGAUGUAAAUAAUGAGUUUCAAACUACUGUUUGGGUGAUUUUGUGUCUACUAUAGUUUGACAACCAUGAUCACUCUCAUAAA